UUUCACUUUUUAUUUUUAUUUUAUUGUAUAUUUCCAUCGUAUUGUAUUUAUUUUCACUUCAGCUCUAUUGCCGCGACCGCUUCAGGACCAGGAAUCAGGCAUUUUCCGCUUGCAAUUACAAAAGGGAGAAAGCGAGAGCAAGGUGCGAUGCCACUGGGCCAGCAUCAAGCAAACUAUUUCCAAUAGGCCUAUGGUAGACGAAGAUGUCGCCUAUGGACCGCUGCCAGCAUACGCAGGGCCGAGGAUGCGGUCAUUCUCCAUAUCAAUAUAUGUCAUAUCAGCGAGCGUCUCGCUCCUGGCGUUUGUCUACGGGUUGGCGGUUGUAUACAUGCGGCCGCAUGUCUGGCGCAGCUCCAUAUUCCGCGUGAUUCUAAUGGCACAGAUCAUCAACUGCAUGCGAUUUGUGAUUCGCCCAAUAGUGGUAUUUGUUCGGAUUAGAUCCGACUUUGGAUGUCGGGUGCUGCUGUUCCUCAAUAACGUAACAGGAGUUUUGCCGGUGAACCUGACCAUUUACGCUGUGGUGUACUUGCAGCUUGUUGUCAUUCACAAGGUUUCGCCUACAAAGCGAUGGCCGAGGGUAUUGCUGAUCUCGCUGGGCGUGGGCCUGUCCAUCCUGCCAACCUUGCCAUUUAUAAUUCUCCCGCCCAGCGUCUUUGGUAAAACAUCCUAUUGCCUACUGGGAAAGAACUGGGAAAACAAGGAAUAUCUAUAUAUUGUCUUUACGGUCAUUGUCUGGCAGUAUCUUCCUGGAAUUGUUGGCAUCAUCAGCGUCUCAACCGUCGCAAUAUACAUUAUCCGCACCAGGCGCCGGACCAAAACGGUUAUGCGCGCGUCCUCUCAAUACUACGGCAUGUCAAUGGCAGCCAGCGUUCACGGGAAACAGCAUAUGCUCAGUCAGUCAAUGUGGAAUAUCAUCUGGUUCCCUAUAACUCCAAUCGUGUCGCUAUGGCUCAACCUCAUUCUGAUUUCCAUCCACCAUUACAAGCAGCGUCCGUAUAUGGUGCUGGAGUAUCUCAACGUUGUAUUGCUCGGGCUGCAGUCUAUUCUGCUGGCCAUUGCAUUGUUUGUCAAUCCAAGUGUCCGCCAUGUGCUGUCCGACCGAUUGCGCGAGAAGAACGAAAGGAGGGGGGUGGCUGCGAGUGAGCAUGGCCCGUGUGGUCGGCCUGAGUGCGAGCAGCCUGAAUGCGAUCGGUCAGCGAUGCACCGCGCCGACUCAUUGUCCAUUUUGAGCCUCAAAGACAGCAGUAGCUUUUCAGAUAUUUAAGGGGGGGCAAACGAGGGCUUCGGGUUUGAGUUUUAUUGGAAGGAAAUAUGCAUUUACUCUUCUGUGUUCUCACAUGAAUGCCAUAUGAAAUGAAAGGCACCGGGAUCACGGGAUAUGCAUGCAGCCAAAAUACAAAAUACAAAAAACUGGUGCAAAACAAAAACA